AUGGUUCCGCCGGCAAGGCAGAGGAGGAUGGCAGAGGCUUCUCAGUCCAACCCUGCUGAAGGAGCCAGGAGCUACGGCGGGGGCGGGAGCGGGGGUGGGGGCGUGAGCGGGGGCGGAGGCGGGGACGGCGGCGAUGGUGACAGCAGCGUAAGGGAGCAAGAUCGUUUCCUCCCCAUCGCCAACAUCACUCGAAUCUUGAAUAAGGCCCUGCCCAACCACGCAAAGGUCGCCAAGGAGACCAAGGAGACGAUGCAAGAAUGCGUGUCUGAGUUCAUCAGUUUUAUCACCAGCGAAGCUUGUGAGCGGUGCAUGACGCUAAAGAAGAAGACGAUCAACGGGGACGAUGUGCUGUGGUCAAUGGCGACGCUUGGGUUUGAAGAUUACGUUCCGCCGCUGAAGCUGUAUCUGGGCAAAUAUCGCCAAUCGGAGGGUAUUGAAGAUUCUGCAAUGAGAGAAAUGCGGGGGUCUUACCCUAACACAUACACAACAGGAGAAAACCAGGUUCUUCAACAAAAUUUUCUUGCACAAAACAUGAACUAUGCGAAUCAUCAGGAUGGUGAAGGUUCUGCAACCAGAGAAAUGGGGGUAUCUUACCCUAUCACAAACACAACCGGAGAAUACCAAGUUCUUCAACAAAAUUUUCUUGCACAAAACAUGAACUAUGCGAAUCAUCAGGUACUCAUCCUUUCAAAGUUCGUGAAGCUAGCGAUGGGGGAUGGUGAAGGUUCUGCAAGCAGAGAAAUGGGGGUAUCUCACCCUAUCACAAACACAACCGGAGAAUACCAAGUUCUUCAACAAAAUUUUCUUGCACAAAACAUGAACUAUGCGAAUCAUCAGGAUGGUAAAGGUUCUGCAAGCAGAGAAAUGGGGGUAUCUCACCCUAUCACAAACACAACCGGAGAAUACCAAGUUCUUCAACAAAAUUUUCUUGCACAAAACAUGAACAGUGCGAACCAUCAGUUCCAAAGUGAUGAUCUAUGAACUUGGUGUUUAUCUGUUUACAUUUCCCAGUUGCUACAAUUCAUCCACGUAGUGCAUUCAUGACUGUGGAAUGCAGCAGUUUCAUUCAUGGCGUGUAUGAUUUCCUCAAAGCUAGACGCAUUUAGUGAGUCUUCUUCAUGGUGACAUUAUUCUCAGUCUUUUUCCCUCAAUAUUGACCAGAAUUUCGUGUUUGGAUUAACUUGAUCACGACGGCCCUUUAUUUUCGGGUAGAUUGCUUGUGUUCAUAAAAUUUAGCAACUAGAUAUCAGGUGAAUUUUCAUUUUUCAAGUCCAUUUGGUCCGAUCCAGAUCUAUCCUCUAUUGUAUUCUUUUUCAAUUUUAGGUAGACAGCAGUCUUUUGGUGAGAAAGAUGAAGUGCUUAAACUCUUUGGUCUGAAGGAUCAUUUGCAAGAGUGUUUUGUUGUGCUUUUAAUUAAGAUGGCGUUCCAAGUCCUUGUUCGUUUGAUUCUAUGAAAU